AUGAUUUUCCGGUUAUUUCACCCUUUUCUUCUUCUUCUCUUCACUCAAUUUGCGUUGCUGCAAGCAUUCACGGGAACGUAUGGUAUAAAUUAUGGGAGGAUUGCAGAUAAUAUUCCGUCGCCCGAUGAAGUUGUUACUCUUCUCAGAGCUUCGAAGAUAAGGAACAUUAGAAUCUACGAUGCUGAUCACAGUGUUCUCAAGGCUUUUAGUGGAACCGGUCUUGAAAUUGUUAUUGGAGUUACCAAUGGACAGCUGCAAGAUAUGAGUUCGAGUGCGGAUCAUGCUUUGAACUGGGUGAAAGAAAACGUGCAGGCGUUUCUUCCCGAGACACGAAUUCGUGGAAUUGCUAUUGGAAAUGAAGUUUUGGGUGGGUCUGACAACGCGUUGUGGGGGGUUCUUCUGGAUGCUGCGAAAAAUAUUUAUAAUGCUACAAAGAAACUUCAUCUGGAUAAGAUAAUUGAGAUUUCUACCGCUAACUCGUUUGCCGUUUUUCAAGAUUCUUACCCUCCGUCCUCUUGUAAAUUUGACAAUAAUGUUAAGCAGUACAUGAAGCCGUUAUUAGAGUUCUUCCAACAAAUUGGAUCUCCUUUCUGUUUGAAUGCAUACCCUUUCCUAGCUUAUGUGAGUAAACCAGACGAUAUUGAUAUAAAUUAUGCUCUUUUUCAACCAACAAAGGGAAUUUAUGAUCCAAAGUUUAAACUGCAUUACGAUAACAUGCUCGAUGCUCAGAUUGAUGCAGCUUAUGCUGCAUUGGAGGAUGCUGGAUUUCAUGAAAUGGAAGUCAUAGUUACAGAGACUGGGUGGGCCUCUGCAGGAGACCCAAACGAACCUGGAGCAAACGCAACUAAUGCGAGGACGUAUAAUUAUAAUUUGCGCAAGAGGCUUGCGAAGAAGAAAGGAACCCCGCAUAGGCCUAAAAAUGUUGUAAAGGCGUAUAUUUUUGCAAUCUUCAACGAGGAUUCAAAGAAUGGUCCUACCUCUGAGAGGAAUUAUGGAUUGUUCAAGGCUGAUGGGAGCAUAUCAUACGAUGUCGGGUUUCAUGGACUUAAUGCUGGAUAUUCAUCUCAUUUGUCUCUUAAGGAUAUCAAUACUCAAGGCCUGUCGCGGUCGUACACGGUCACCAUGAUAUUGUGUUUAUCAGCUCUGAUACUGAUGAUUUUCUAG